CUACAACUUCUCGAGCAAAAGCUCCGGGAGCUGCGAGUGAGAAUUUGCAUAAAACAGGAACUCUACUAGAUGUUGCGAGUGACAUCUCAUCUACACCUGCAACCUCACACCCGCGCAGAUCGUUUUUUCCACUUCCCGCAGUCUUUUUCCCUCUGUGGAUCCGUGUUUUGAUGCACCGGGAUCGUGCAGCGAACGAAUGUCCGUUGGGUUAUUUAGCAAGUUUAGCAACAUUCUUGCUCUGGCGGCAACAUGGCUUGGUGGAGAAACUGAAACCGGGAACAAUAGUUCAACCGACCGCUGAGAGUCAUGACAUUAUGGCCCCUAAGGAGCAACUACCAGUAGUUCGCAUACCCAUACUUAUCCUUGAUUUUGACUUUGUCCUGUUGUACUUAGCUUUUCAAGUUCAUUCUUUUGAUGCCGUGAUGAGGCAACAUUUGUAAAUGGUCGCGAGCUCGCGCCUGCAGCUGCAAAUGAUCUUUGCUUCAUCUACAUUGUUGAUUCACAACUCGAGCCUACUACUUGGGUGCUAAUAACUCAUCUUUUUCGUAACUUACAGCGUCACCGCGACUUUUUUUCUGCCAGAGCCAUGCGCACGCUCUAUUCGCAAUUUCAUGUCUGGUCUAAUAACUGCCAGAUCAAGACUCCACCUAGAGAAGCAGCACAACAAGCUCCACCACUGGGAGGAAGUGGAACCACAAGCUCGAUGUUUAGGCCAAAAGAUCAUCUUUGGGAUGCAGCGAAGCGCGUUUUGGAAGGAAUGUCAGGAGGUCCGUCAAAUGAAGGCGCAGCUAGAAUGGGGGAUCGCGAAUCUCGAUCUUCGAGUGGUUUAUUUGAGGCACCUUGAACUUGAUAGAAGAAGAACAAAAUAGAAGAAGCAGCUCAAUCAGGAAGGUAUCUAUUUAUUAGAACAUGAAGAUCGAUGUUUUAAAACUGUCACGCCCUAAUUUCCACACGCGCUUACAUCGACGUCGGGAGCAAGAGAAAGAGGAGGGCCUUCGACGAGUCGGAGCACACCCAGGAGAUGCCACAGGAUCGUGGAUGGAAGUCAUUCGCAGUGGACAAUUCUCGAAGAUCACACUCACAGGAGAAGGACCCUUGCUCGCGUCAUCGGAUCACCUUCUACACUCAGUACCAGUCCCACCAUACCUACGAAGUGGUGUGCAGGACGCGGCCCUCAUGGCAGCUUUCGAGGACAUCCUCUUCGAAAAGAAGAUCGACCUGAUCACGUUGCUAGGAACUGAGUGGCCGAUUUUUCGCAUUCUGUGCGAAGUUUCCGAACUCAACAAAAGUUCAAAUUCUCAAGAAGCGACGAGCCGAGCCUCUUCAGCAUUGGGC